AUGGAUGCUCAAUCUGCAGAUUCCCGGCAGUUUCGCAAUGCGGGUGUAGCCAAUGCCCAAUCCUCUGAUAAUAUAGCUUCGAACUCUUCAUCUGCACCGUCAAAAGUUCAACAGCCAAAACCGCAAGCCCUUCCCACCCGGUCCGGACCGUCCGCGAUUCUCGUGUCCACGCGACAAAAGGGCAAUCCUAUUUUGAACUACAUCAAGCUUGUGCCUUGGGAAUAUGCUGAGAUUCCUGCCGACUAUGUGAUUGGCGCAACAACAUGUGCCCUGUUCCUGUCUCUCAAAUACCAUCGCCUACACCCCGAGUACGUCUACUCACGAAUUAGACUCCUCGCUGGGAAAUACAACCUACGCAUUGUACUGGUUAUGGUCGACAUUCCCAAUCACGAGGAGGUACUCAAAGAGCUUUCGAAGACAUCUUUAGUCAAUAAUCUCACCCUAAUUCUUUGCUGGUCUGCACCCGAAGCCGGCCAUUACCUUGAACUGUUCAAGUCGUCCGAAUUUGCACAACCUACAGCUAUUCGCACACAGCAAGCUCGAUCAUACAAAGACUCCCUGAUUGAGUUUGUCACUACACCACGUACCAUCAACAAGUCGGACGCUGCAAGUUUGAUAUCUAAUUUUGGGAGCUUACAAAACGCCGUCAAUGCCCAGCCGGAACAGAUCAACUCUGUUCCCGGCUGGGGUGAGAAAAAGGUUCAACAAUGGUGCAAUGCCGUGAGAGAAGAUUUUAGGGUAGAGUCGACGAAGAAAACCGUGGUUCCCAAGCCUACAGCACAGAUCAAACCCAGGCCAAGUCGGCCACGUCAAGCCGAAAUAGAUGAAGACGAGGAGAUCCUACGUGCUGUCAUGGCGGAGAGCCGUGAAACCGCAGCCCUAGAAGCAGCGGCGAAUCAGAGUCUAUCACAAUCAAAUAAACCGACCGAGGAAUUGAGUGACGGUAUCGCAGCCGCUCUUUUGAAGCUGCGGGAUACCAAUGGAUGA